UCUCUACGCACCACCACCACCAUCCAAUGAAGACCAUCGCUGCUUUUGCCGCCCUCGCUUUUGCCCCCAUCGUCGUAGAAGGCCACGGUCGCUUGAUAACCCCUCCCCACCGAGGCUACAUUGGGAAGCUCCCCAAAUACGCCCCAUUUGUCCCCCCCAACUGGAGUGACAACAGCCUCAACGGCGGCGGGAUAGAGGCCACCAAGAACGGCCAAUUUGGCAUUUGCGGGGACCCGUUCACCCAAGCUUCCCCCCGCGAGCAUGAAAACGGUGGCAUCUACGGCCUGUUUCCCCAGUACGGCGCGAACGUGACGGGGGCUUGCUUCGCGCCCGGGGCCGCUAUAGAGCUCAAGGUGGAGCUCACUGCUAACCACAAGGGCUACUUUUCGUUCGGCCUUUGCAAGCUCAACGCCCCUGACGAUGUCGAAACCGAAGAGUGCUUUCAACCGUUGGCGCAGCCGAGCGGAGCCGCCAAGUACGAUGUCACCCCCGGCAACUUCUUCGACUUCACGUAUGUCCUGCCUGCUGGCGUGACCUGCGAAGGCGAGUCGCAUUGCGUGCUGCGCUGGCACUACACCGGCGGGAACAACUGGGAGGAAAAUACGUGGGGUCAAGAAAAUUUCUGGAACUGCGCCGACAUAUAUAUCAGCAGCAAGUGCCCAGCCGCGUAAACAUCAUUAUAUUGGUGUAACGUGUGCCAACAAUAACUGAGAUAGUGUGAAG